AUGAGGGCCUUCUCCAGAUAUUUUGCUGCUGGCGGUAACGGUGGCCUGUUUAAUACGGCCAAGGAAGCGGCCCUCGAUGCAAAGUCCACUGCAAAAGCGCGGCUGACAGCCGUCACUCAAGAGGCAACAAACAUCGCGAAGCAGAUAGCGCACCCCGUCGAAGCUGUCAAGGACAAGGCGAAAGGCGUGGGUGAGAUCGUUAACGAUACUGCAGAAGCUCUUAAAGAGAAAGGCAAGAAGGCUUUAGUCGACUCAGGUCUGAAAGCGAGAGAGGCUGUCUCACAAACACCUGUCAAGGAUUCAGCAAGCAGUGCUGGAAGACAACUGAAGGAUGCAAUGGAACAUGUGUCUGAAACUGCCAAACCCGAGGCACCGAAAGCUGCAUCGAGCCGACGAGGCAGUGCUAACCCCACGAGCGCGGAAUUCAAAAGCAUCGGUGAGGACGCGAUGAUGUACGGCCGAGAGCUCACCGGCCAGACACCGCAAGAAGCUGCCGAGGAUGUGGCAAGAGUUGCUAGAAGUGAGGCUGAGGGCAAAGCAGUGGACACGGGGAAGCGGAGAAGCAGUUAA